AUGCGAGGCGAGGACGUGAACGAACAUGUCAAUACUAACUUGAAGCCUCAGAUCUGCCACAUCCACAUUGGCCAAGCUGGUGUACAGCUUGGCAAUGCUGCGUGGGAACUUUACCUACUUGAGCAUGGACUCAACGCUGACGGGUCCAUGAACCCUGAUGUGACCGAUGAUACCGUGAGAAGCGGAUCUUACGAGACUUUCUUUACUGAGACCAACAUCGGAAAAUAUGUCCCUCGCGCCAUCUUUGUUGACCUGGACCCGUCCCCCAUCGACGAGAUCAGAACUGGUACAUACCGUCAACUCUUUCAUCCCGAGCAGCUGAUCAGCGGAAAGGAAGAUGCUGCAAACAACUAUGCGCGUGGUCACUACACAGCUGGAAAGGACAUCGCCGACGGCGUUGUUGACCAAAUCCGUCGUGUGUCCGAAAUCUGCGGCUCUCUGCAGGGCUUCAUGAUAUUCCAUUCCUACGGCGGUGGGACAGGCUCUGGAUUUGGCGCGCUGCUUUUGGAACGUAUCACUACCGAAUUCAGCCGCAAGUCCAAGCUGGAGUUCUCGGUCUAUCCUUCGCCUCGGGCCUCGACUGCCGUGGUGGAGCCCUACAACACUGUGCUAUCUACCCACAGUACAAUUGAGAACUCUGAUUGCACUUUCUUGGUGGACAAUGAUGCAGUGUACGGCAUCUGCCGCCGCAACUUGGAUAUUCCCCGUCCCGGUUACGAGCACAUGAACGGUCUCAUUGCUCAGGUGGUCAGCUCCAUUACCUCCAGCUUGCGGUUUGACGGUGUUCUCAACGUCGACUUGGUUGAGUUUCAGACCAACCUGGUGCCUUACCCGCGUAUUCAUUAUCCUUUGAUCUCGUAUGCUCCAGUCAACGGUGAGAAGAGCAGUUCCCAUGAAAGCUACAAAGUGCAAGACCUCACCUUUAAAUGCGUGUCUCCCAUGUUCGAUUGCUUUGAGCCGACCAACCAGAUGGUCAUGUGUGAUCCCAACAAAGGAAAGUACAUGGCUGUGGCUCUGCUUUACAAAGGUGAUGUGGUUCCCCGCGAGUGUUCUCAGGCUAUUGCUGCUCUCAAGGCCAAGACUUCCUUCAACUUGGUUCAGUGGUGUCCUACUGGCUUCAAGGUCGGGAUCAACUACCAAAAGCCUGUUCGUGUUCCUGGCAGCUUGCUCGCUCCUGUAGACCGCUCGGUCAGCAUGCUGGCCAACACCACGGCUAUUGCCGAGGCUUGGUGCCGUCUUGACUACAAGUUCGACCUCAUGUACUCCAAGCGUGCUUUUGUGCACUGGUAUGUGGGUGAAGGCAUGGAAGAGGGUGAAUUUGCCGAAGCUCGUGAGGAUCUGGCUGCCCUUGAGAAGGACUAUGAGGAAGUGGCUGAAGAUAGCAUUGUGGUGGCAACAGAAGACGAGUACUGA